UCCCCCCGCACCUUAGCAUCUCUAUGCCUGGAUAUUUAUCCUUACAUAGAAAUGAAUUCUUUAGACUGGGAGUUUGCGUCCCUUACAGGGCAUCCUAUCCAAGACACUGACCUCGACCAACUCAAAUUUGCCUACAGGCCUCUACCAACAGCCUCUUCCAUCCGCUUGUUGCAUCUCCAGUCCGGUGUAGGCGAUGGCGCUGUCAUCCGUCUGUUGACGAGAACCGUUGAUCUCGACGACAAGCCGCAAUACGACGCGCUCUCGUACACCUGGGGCCGACCGAUAUCUGUGUUCCAAACAAAAGAGGGGCGCGACUACCUAGAGGAUCAACAACUGCCCGUCAUUUGUGAUGACCGGAUCGUAAAUAUAGGGCAAAACCUACAUGAAUUCCUUGGCGCCUGGCAGCGGAUGCUUCAAGCCACCAGCGAUGGCAAUGAUGAGAGGACGGUGUCUGCGAGAAAGGUUGGUUUGCUACCUCCAACUGAGCUGUGGAUCGAUGCUCUCUGUAUCAACCAAAGAGACAUGGACGAAAAAAGCACCCAGGUUAGCAUGAUGGGCCGCAUCUACAGCCAGACCCAAAAGGUAAUCAUCUGGCUCGGACCGGAAGAUAACUUCACACGACCAGCUCUUCAGAUCAUUUUCAAGAUGCAAGAAAUCGAGCAAUUACAAGCCAGGGCUUGUCGCUCAAUGACGGAUGAAGACGGCUGUAAAUCACUGGGACUACCACCAAUCACAUCCAGCAUCUGGUGGUCUGUCUUCGCUUUCCUUCACCGUUCUUGGUUUCGGAGAGUCUGGGUGAUGCAGGAACUGGCCUUCGCACCGCAAAUCCAGAUGCAAUGCGGGCUCUUGACGUUUCCAUGGGCCGCUCUGAGCAAGGCCGCCGGUGUCCUCUACGAGAGCAGACUUGGGGACUCCAUGGAUAUGUGGGCCUGGAUGGAGUUGGAUGGACCUAAAUUCAACGAGCCGUUGUUUCUGGAGGACCUUACUCCGAUCUUGACCACCGAGGAACGACUAGAUUCGGACCGAAAUUUAUUCUCGACAUUGAAAGGGCGAGCCGUAGGAAGUUCCUUUCACAACAUUAUACGGCUAGAGGCUACACGUGUCGGUGACGGCUCAAGACUAGGAGAUGGAGCUGACGGUUUCCGGCUGGGCACGAACUCGAAGGAAAUUAUCCCGUUCGUACCAAUCUUGCAUAUGUUCGACUCCACGCGCAGGUCGGAGUCAAGUGAUCCACGUGAUAAGAUUUACGCCGUGUUGGACAUUGCGAAGAGAGACGUUCAUGACACUGACCUUGUGUCUCCAUACCGCAGACCCCUCGUUCCAAAUUAUCACCUGGAUACAGCGGAAGUAUACCUCGAGGCUGCGUGGUAUAUCUUAUUAUCUAGCAAUGAUCUGGAGCUCCUGUCAAGGAAAAAUCUUUAUUCAAAGAAUGAAGAGAGUGGGCUGAAGCCUCGGAGUCUUCCGUCUUGGGUUCCGGAUUGGACUUUGACUUUGAAUGAGACAUCAAUGUGGGCAUUGAAACCAUUCAAGGAGGGUAAUUGGUCAGCAUCGCGCGACGUAUUUUGGGUGCCACCUGAAAAGUCGAGCGUAUACAGACAGAUCUUGACAGUUCAAGGAGCCUUGGUGGAUGUCGUCGCGGAGGCAGUGGAAUCUGAGAGCUUCUCUCUGAGCAAAUCGGGCGUUGUCGCUGCUGGUCUUCCUGCAGUUUAUCCUUGGGCAUCAGAGAAGUUAACACCCGGGGACGUACUCUGGAGGACUCUCGUUGCCGAUUACGACGAGAACAACUACCCUGCUUCUGACGAGUUCAAGGCUAUUUUUUACGAUAGCUGGAUGGAAGAGAACAGAAAGGCCUAUCGUGAAUAUUAUUGCGAGGAGGGGCUUUCAGAUCCAGAGAAGGAGGCUGAAUGGUUUCGCUUUGUAAACCACACUUCCGCAAUAUUCCCACAAGAGGAAAAGUCAUUCGAAGAAACAAUCAAGACCGAGAUAAAGGGAGAAAGGUGUCAGGGGAGUGUGGCACCAUCACCUCAGCCAAACAAUGAAAAGUUACAGCAGAAGCCCAGGCAACAUGAUGGGCAAUCUGCACGGAACUCAGUUGCAUCUGAGAAGCCCCCAAUCCAAAUUGAACAACUUUCCUUCAAUAAUACAGAACCGGAACACGAGAGACAAGAAAGGGCAGAGGAAAACUGCGCAGUUCCCUCAAAGCUUAACCUCGCUAACCAGGCUCUCUCCCAAUUCGACAUCAUGAUGAAGCAACUCGCCAAAUCCGCCGAAUUUCCGCAGAGUGGCCCUGAUGGGGCCAAUAGAGCAGAUAGCAAAGUUGAGGUAGAAGAGGAAGACGACCAUCAAGACACCAAUACCGAUGAAGACCAGGCCCUAACCCAACCCCCCAAAAUACGCUCUCCUCACUCCUUCUCGGAGCGCGAGUUCGAUCGCCUGAGACUUAUGUUCAGCUCCAGUAGAAGAAUCUUCAGGACGCGUGAGAAUUAUCUUGGUAAUGGACCAAGGAGCAUACGGCCGGGUGACCAGGUUUGGAUUCUAGCGGGGACAAAAAUCCCGUCUGUCCUGCGUCCGCAGGAAAACGGCAAAUACGUGCUCGUCGGAGAUUCUUACGCCCAUGGGAUCAUGCAUGGAGAGGCAUUUGAGAGGCAGGGGUUUGAGUUUGUGGACAUUCAGCUAGAAUAACAUCAGCAGAUCCCAAAAAUUAUAGGGUAAUCAGGUCGGAGAAGUCCUUAGUAGCUUUCCAAAACCUCCCA